AUGAAGUCCCACAUAUACUCGCUGCUUGCUUUAUUCAUCACUGUAGUGGAUGUAUUUGCAAAGGAUGUGAGGAAAUUAUGUACCAAUACAUCGGGUAGCCGAAGUUGUGGACAAUGUAUCAAACAGCAUCCGGAAUGUGCAUGGUGUCUCGAUCCGCAUUUGGUAGGCCCAUCACGAUGCGAUCUGAGAUCGGAAUUUCAAGGGAAGUGUGCACCACCGCUAAUCUAUUCGCCUACAACAGAAGUUCGAAUUGUACCUCAAAAUAAUUUGCCAUUAGGCAGUAAACAGGCAGAUGGUGCAACGAUUGUACAACUCGAACCACAACAAGUUGUUCUGAGGAUGAAACCUGGCGAUAUUCUGGAAGUACCAUUCAAAUAUCUUCAUAGGCCACAACAAUCAAAUCAACGUGAUUUUGUCAUACAAACCAGCGAAUUUCGAUCAUUGGGUGUCGGUAUCGACUUUUCCAUCCUUUGUGCAGGAAAGCGAGUACACGGACGACAAUGUCCAAAUGUUUCAAUCGGUGAAAAAAUCGAAUUUUUUGCGAAAGUAUCUUUGAACGAAUGUAAAUCGGGAGGCGAUAUUGCGGUUUCCAUUGGCGCAUAUGGCUAUCAGACCGUUUCCGCUAUGUAUAUCACACCAUUUUGUGGUUGCGAAUGUGAAAAAGUGCAAAAUCAAGAGAGAAAAUCACCGCUGUGUUAUGGAGCAGGAGAUUUGAUUUGUGGUGUAUGCGAAUGUCAACCUGGUAAAGGUGGAAGUCACUGUGAAUGUGAUUUAAAAGAGCAUGGCGUCUCAACAGCGCAGGAGUUAGAAAAUAAAUGUCAAAAAACUCCGAAUGAUUUUAUUUGUAGCGGUAAUGGUCAAUGUAAAUGCGGUAGUUGUGUUUGCAAUGUUGAACAUGUUCAUGGAGACUAUUGCGAAUGCGAAAAUAUGUCAUGUCCAAUUUCUCAAGAUAGAAUGUGUGCAGGCCAAGGUGAAUGCAAAUGUGGCAAAUGUCAUUGUGAGGAAGGCUACACUGGAGAUGAUUGCUCAUGCGCUCUUGAUACUUCGCCAUGUAUGGAAGGCGGUAAAAUUUGUAAUGGACAGGGUACCUGUGAAUGUGGAAAAUGUGUUUGCCGCGAAGGCUUCACAGGACUAACUUGUGGAGUAGAGGCAGAAAACGAGGUGUCAGAAGAUGAAAUAUCAGAAUCGACUGAUUUCACUGAGAUGGAUCCACUCUCAAAAGAUAGUAUAAGCAAGGUGGGAUAUGAUCAAUUUCAAGGAGAGGAUUUAGAUGAAAUAACCGACAAUAAAGCAAAGGAAACUGAUGAAUAUGGUGGAGGACAUGAACAGGAAGAAAGUAAAGAUAGCGAUAUGAAAGCUGGUGAAAUACUUCCACCUGUGGAUGAUGAUAAUGGUGAUCCAUUACCUGAAUUAACUGAUGAAAAAGAUAAAACUGAUGAUGGUGUGAUAACACAUGAGGAACAAACAGGUGGUAGCUUACGGAUAGAAACUCAUUUCUUCUCUUUACUAAUAUCAUUAAUAAUACUUUUUUGGCCUUAA